AUGCAUCUGUGCUUAGUUUCAUUUCAAGCAAUUUUAGUAGCUGUUUUAGUGACAAAUCACUACUAUAUCGAUGAAGUGGAUGCAGAAAAACAUUUUGCGGCAGUCGGGGACUGGUUUAACAGUAUGGAAAGAAAACCAGAUAUUCAGGGUGCGAUGAACCAGUUACUCGAACAAAUUAGAACAACUGCCGACCAAGUUAUAAAUAUCCAUAGAAGAAUGUAUAACGAGACAGAGAAAAAGAAAGAAAUAAAAGAAGAACCCGAUUUAUCUGCCCAUGUUAACCAGCCCGAACUAGCUCACCGUAAUCCUGUGGCUGCGCUCGAUGCCAGUGGUAUCACAACAGAAAAUGAUACCGAGACAGAAACAACGGCGAAUGAAGUAACAGAAAAACAAGAGGCUCCUAAAAAGAAGAGAAGAACAAAAAAGCACAAGAGAAAGCACAAACCUAAGCCUAGACCUAAGCCCAAAACCGAACAAAUGGAGGAACAACCAGGUCAAGAGUUCCAAGAUCAAAAAGUAGAAACUACAACAGAAAAAGAAAUACCGGAAUUCCCAAAAAGAGCUCAAAAGAAGGAACAUAGAAGAAAGUUAAAGAAGAAGUUCGUGAAAAUGACUCCGAAAGAAGAAAUCAAAAACGCAUCAGUCAAUAAUUCGGAUUCAGAUGAAGUUAAAGUUAGGAAGCCUGUUGAUAUUAUUGUACAUAUUAAAAUGAAUGAAUAG